AAAUUUCACACUUGACACUCUUUAUUUUAUCUCUCUCUUCUUUCGUAAUCUUUCUCUCUCUCUACACUCUGGCAGUUUCACUCUCAGCCUCUCUGUCUUUGCAUUCAACACUAUGCACAGACAAUCCUUAGGUUCACCAUCUUCCAAACUCCAUCUCCAUGGAGUCAUCACCGCCGCAGAAACUCUCAUCACCGACGAACCACCGAAGCCUCACCGUCUCUCUUCACCGCCUCCCACACCGCACAAAUUCAUCCACCUCAUUCCGAUCCUCACUCUCUUCUGCUUCUUCAUCCUCUACUUCUUCUCCCACACUCCUUCACCUUCAGACCUAGAUCACCAUUUCACCGGAUUCAAACAUCAUCAUUCAGAAUUGAAUAGUGAUAUUGCAGUACAUUACGCUGAUGCGAAAAGAAGCGAUGGAUUGGCGAUUAGAAGUUUGCAACAGAUUCCUAAAUCUCAACUUCACAGAAAACUCGCCGAGUUUUAGCAAUCUUCAAACAAACUCUUCACACGUGUGAUUCUUCCAUCCUUACACUUCAUUCUACUGUGUAUUUAUCUGGAAUUGUUUUAGAUUGUGAUUCAGUCGGCAAAAUAAUGAAUAAAAAAAAUCAUCAUCUCAUAUCUUCCAUUUAA